GCGGCGGCGGCGGCGGAUCGCGGCGGAUCCUAAGGGCCUGGGAGCUUAGGAGCCUGGGAACCUGGGAGCCUGGGAGCCUGGGAACCGAGUGAAGAAGAUGAGGCAGAAGGAGGUGCUAACCAAGUCCUUCCAGGGCCCAGCCGUUGUCUGUAGGACUCGGACCAGUCACGUUUACAUGUUCAAAAGUGGCAGUGGGGACUCGGAGGACUCCUCUGAGGAAGAGACCCGGCAGCAGGACGUGGUGCUACGCCCCCGGGGCAGAGAGCUCCAGAACGGCGCCCACCAGGCUCACCGGCCCAGGGCAGGAGACGUGGUGCUGCUGCAGCGCGAGCUGGCCCGGGAAGACAACCUCAACAAGCUGGCUCUGCAGUAUGGCUGCAAAGUUGCAGAUAUCAAGAAAGUCAACAACUUCAUCCGAGAACAAGACUUGUACGCUUUGAAAUCUAUUAAAAUUCCCGUAAAAAACCAUGGGCUGCUCACAGAAACCCACAAAGAACUGAAGCCGCUCCCAGAAGCAUCCUCAGAGACCAGAGUGACCUUGGUGGAACCUCCUGGUGCAGACAGUGUGGCCGCAGGUGCGGACACCCAGACCAGCCAGCUGACGGAUUUUUUUAAGGGCAUUGACCAGAACAUCGAGCGCGCGGUGCAGUCUGAAAUCUUCCUCAGCGAGAGCUGCUGUGUAGACGCUCCGGACCAGCCGCUGCUCCCGGGCCCUCCGAAGGCAUCCACAGACGGUGCGGACUGUGGGAUCCAGUGGUGGAAUGCUGUCUUCAUCAUGCUCCUAAUUGGGAUUGUGCUGCCAGUGUUUUAUUUGGUCUACUUUAAAAUACAGGCUGCUGGGGAGACCCCUGUUAGCUUGAACACAACUGCUGUCCCCAACGGCUCGAUAGCAUCAAGUGUGGCCCCCGGGCAAGCCCCCGGCUUAGCGAUGCCGGUGGCGGCUCUCACCUCCGCAGACAGCCCGUUCAGCCAGACCACCCCGGCAGGGAACUAGGCUGCAGUUCAGGGGUUGACAUUUAGCUGAUGUCCACCAGCUGUCUCUGGCUGCAUCCUCAGGUGCUGCGUUUUGUUUUCUGGGAUGCGUGGACACGUCUGCAAGUCCUGCUGCUCUCAAUUGCACUAACCCUGAGGGAUGCACUCACUGAGUCCAAGGCUGUGGGAUCCAAACCACCACUGCCCUCGGCCUCCUCUGUGCAGGAGGUGCAGUGAGAGGGACAACGACGUGGCCCACGCAGCUUCUUAAAGACACUCAGCAGAGUGGAUGUGGCCUUCCCCGUAGCCCCGCGUGGGCCCCUAGCUGGCUGUGCAGAGGGAGAGGAGUGGCCUUGGCCAAGGAGCUGCCGUGUGGGUGUCCCUUGGGUCAGGUGGGGUCGGGCCACCUGCCUGUUAGUGUCCCCACUUGUUCUGGAGCGUCCCGGACUGGCUCUGAGAAAUGUUGUAUCCUCAGUGAAGACGCUGUGGAGUACUAUUGUUUGUCACCCGAUUUGGAGAGGGACAGAUUUCAAGGAGACUUCCUCUUUGGCCCGUUGGUUAGCUCUACGAAAGCAGUGUCACUUUGAGAAUCGAAGGGGCCCCGAGUCCAUGGUGCUUCUCAGCCGGGUAAACAGUUCCGUCUCUCCCUUCCCUGUCCGUGUGGUCUGAUGCACAGCAGGUGUUGUUUCCCAUGAAGAGGGGCGCUUGCUGCCUGGUGUGUGGCGAGAAGGAUGCGCACCUGUUGCCCAGGUUCCGCUUCUGAGGCUGAGUAGUUGCCCCGCCGGCACCACCUAGGGCAGCAGCUCUGUGCACACCCGGAAAUGCAGCGCAAUUCCUGCCGCUUCCACACAUGGGGCUGCCCUUUCUUUUGUGUGCGAUGCCCCUGGGGCAGUGCUGGCAAACCUAUGGCGCGUGUAUUUUUCAUUUAAGACAAAAGUUUUAAUGUAUGAGUCGUUUUUUCCUAAACUAAAAUGUCAGUAUUCAGGUUUAAUUGUAGUGGUGGCACUUUGCAAUAAAGAAGUGGGUUUUGGGUUGCAGUUUGGGCACUCGGUCACUAAAAGGUUCGCCCCUGCUGCCUGAGGGGAAACCUCUGAAUAUGGUGCAGACCAGACUUCAUGGAGGCGAGCGAGGAUCUGUCUGCUUUGCAUGACUACAGCUGGAUAUAAUGUGAGACAACAGCUUAGAAGGAGAAAAGGUUGACUUUAGCUAGUGGCCUCCGAGGCCACAAUCAGUUGACCUGUUGAUCAGUUGUCUGUUUUUGGAUCUGCGUGCAAGCAGCACAUGAUGGCAGGGAGUGGCAGUGGAGCAGACAUCGCCUCGUGGCUCCGAAGUGAGGGAGACAGGCAGGAGGGUCCGAGCAUCCUCUUCAGGGCACUGCCCUCAGCAGCCUCUCUUCCUCUCAACAGGCCCCACUUUGAAAUAACGCUAGGCUGAGGCCCAUGCCUUUAAGUCAUCCAGAUCACAGUAAAGGGGCUGGGGCUGACCAUCCCCUCCUCUGUGUAUGGGGCAGGGUGAGGCAGGGAAAGGGCAGAGGGGCUGGCAGCUUCGCCUGCGCCUGAGGUCUGGAAAAUGCCACAGAAAUGCUGCACUUGAGGCACUGGUCUGGUGUUUGCGCCCAAGGCCCAGAGGUAAAUGUAAAAGAUCUCACCGUGGAAGAGGAGGGGUGGGUGGCACAAGAGGACAUGAGAUGGGUUUCCAGUUUCUCCUCUCAGUUUGUAUGAAAAACAACUGGCCUAGGGUUCAAGUUAGCAAGUUUAAAUUAUCUUCACAAUGAAAUGUUUCUUCCAGACCAGGAUGAUCUUUGGGAUAAAAUGUGCUUGUGAACUGUGGUACAGGAAACAUUUUCAUGUGUAAAUGCUUUUCCAGCAAAAUGUCUGUCUUCACUGUGUUGCUGGGGGCCCCAGACGUCUCUAACAUCUGUGGCCUUUAACUUCACCAGGCUGGGCUCAGAGUCCUGUGGGAAAAUCACUUUUGCCUGGCAAAGAAUGUAUAUCUGUAUCCUUUACUUUUCUCA